GUAGUACUAAGGUCCGGUCUUCAGGUUAAGAGGAAAGCUGCCUUUGCCCUUCUUUCUGCCAAUUCCUGAGACCUUGAGCAUGAAAAUGUCCUUUAUCCUACUGGGAAUGAAUCCAACUAAACCAAAGGCAAAGGGGAAGCUAGCAGGAUGUACUGUCUUCAUCACAGGCGCGAGCCGUGGCAUUGGCAAAGCUAUUGCUUUGAAAGCAGCAAAGGAUGGAGCAAAUAUAGUCAUUGCUGCAAAGACUGCCCAGGCACACCCCAAACUUGCAGGCACAAUCUAUACUGCUGCUGAAGAAAUCAAAGCAGCUGGAGGAAAGGCCUUGCCAUGUGUUGUUGAUGUGAGAGAUGAACAACAAAUCAGCAGUGCAGUGGAGAAAGCAGUUGAGAAAUUUGGAGGAAUUGAUAUUCUGGUGAAUAAUGCCAGUGCUAUUAGCUUGACCAACACAUUGGAAACACCUACAAAGAAAGUGGAUUUGAUGAUGAACAUCAACACCAGAGGCACCUAUCUUACAUCUAAAGCAUGCAUUCCUUAUUUGAAAAAGAGUAAAAUUGCUCAUAUCCUCAAUCUCAGCCCACCGCUGAACCUAAAUCCACUGUGGUUCAAACAGCACUGUGCUUACACCAUCGCUAAGUAUGGUAUGUCUAUGUGUGUGCUUGGAAUGGCAGAAGAAUUUAAAGGUGAAAUUGCAGUCAAUGCAUUGUGGCCUAAAACAGAUUUUCUGGAGAGUGAUAUUCAUUGCAGUGAGGCAAAGAUGAGAGUGAAAAAACUGCUUCUACAAUACUUUUCAAACUACAUGUCAAGACUCAUUGCCAUAUACACUGCUGCUAUGGAUAUGCUGGGAGGAUCUGGUAUUGAAAGCCAAUGUAGAAAAGUUGAUAUCAUGGCAGAUGCUGCAUAUUGCAUUUUCAAAAAGCCAAAAAGUUUUACUGGCAACUUCAUUAUUGAUGAAAAUAUCUUAAAAGAAGAAGGAAUAAAAAAUUUUGAUGUCUAUGCCGUUACACCAGGCCAUCCUUUGUUACCAGAUUUCUUCCUGGAUGAACAGCCAGUUACAGUUACCAAGGAACCAGCAACACAUGAAUUGAAAGAAAAGGAGGCGCAGCCACCACCAAAACCACGUUCUGGAGCUGUGGAAGGGACAUUUAGAAUUGUUAAGGACUCUCUCAGUGAUGAUAUUGUUAAAGCCACUCAAGCAAUCUAUCAGUUUGAACUCUCAGGUGAAGAUGGUGGAACAUGGUUUCUUGAUCUUAAAAGCAAGGGUGGCAAUGUCGGACAUGGAGAGCCCUCUGAUCGGGCAGAUGUGGUGAUGAGUAUGUCUACUGAUGAUUUUGUAAAAAUGUUUUCAGGGAAACUAAAACCAACAAUAGCAUUCAUGUCAGGAAGAUUGAAGAUUAAAGGAAACAUGGCCCUAGCAAUCAAAUUGGAGAAGCUAAUGAAUCAGAUGAAUGCCAGACUGUGAAGAGAAAAAAAAUGUUGACCGCUAAGCUCAAAAAGUAAAAGGGUUCAAUAGUUAAAACUGAAUGUUUGUUUUCAUCCCUAUUAUAAGGAUAUACAUGUUUGUUCUGGAAAAAAUAGAAUUUCUGUAUCUAUAAGACUUGAAAUUGUAAUUAAAACAGCUAGCCAACCAAACAUAAGCAUCAUUAAGUAGAAUUCUAAGAUAUUCUAUUUUUCUUAUUUUGUGAGUUUUGCCCUCUGAGUCCUGUAUCUCAUACACCAUCAUCUUCUGGGAAAAGUAUUAUUAGUAAUCAAUUGGGGUCAAGCAGCAACAUUACUUUUUUCAUAUCUUUUUCCCACGUAAAAUGAGACUAGUCUGUUUUAAACUUUUCAGUUUAGGAUUGUAUACUAAUGAUAUUUUAGAGUUUUAUAAACUUGUUUUAAAGAAAAUCUUCUAUAUUACAUUUUCAUAGAAAUCACAUAAUAAACUACUUAAUAAAUACUAUUUGUGAAGACAAAUUAAACAAAAAGUAUAUUUUGUUAACUACCUUUCUAAGUGUAAGGUAUUUUACCUAUAGGAAAAUAUUAUUGAUGUAAUUCAACUAACUGCAGUAUAUAUAUCCUAUUUUAAAGUAUGUAAAAAUAUCCUAAGAUAAUUCCUCCCCAGAAGUGUGCACUUGGUCACAGUGUUUCGAAAUGAGAACAUUAGAAUAGAUGGUUGUUAUGGGCUGAAUGGUAUGCCCCCUUCAUAUGUUGAAGUCCUAACCCCAAGAAUCUCAGAAUUGAUUGUAUUUGGAGAUAAGAUCUUUAAAGAGGUGAGUAAAACCCAGGCUUUUAGGGUAGGGUGGGCCAUAAUCCAGUCUGACUGGUGUCCUUAUAAGAGGAAAUUUGGACACAAAAGAGAGUCCAAGGAGGCACACACAGAGGAAUGACCAUGUGAGGACCAGCAAGAAGGCAGUCAUUUGCAAGCCAAGGAAAGAGGCCUCAGAAGAAACCAAACCUACUGACACCCUGAUCUCAGACUAGUCUCUAGAAUUGUAAGAAAUUUCUGUUGCUUUAGCCACUCAGUCUGUGGUAUUUUGUUAUUGUAGUCCUAGUAAACUAAUGCAAUAGUU